GCCGCCCGGCAGGAGCUCCGAGGCUGGGCGGCUCAGCUCCGCCUCCGCCACCGCGCCGCGCAGCGCCGCGUCGGGCCCGAGAAGCCGGGCCUGAGGAGAGCCGCCGAGAGAAGGACGCGGGCAGCCAUGGCCGAAGCGGCGCCUGCCCCGGCUCCAGAGAGGGACGAGCGAACAGGGGCUGAACGGCCUUCGACGCCUUCUCCGUCACCUCAGCUGGCUGCUGAGAAGAGCUCUUACCUCUACUCCACGGAGAUCACGCUGUGGACCGUGGUGGCCGCCAUCCAGGCCGUGGAGAAGAAGGUGGAUUCCUGCCUGGCCCGCCUGCUGACUCUGGAGGGCCGGACGGGGACGGCCGAGAAGAAGCUGGCCGACUGCGAGAAGACGGCCGUGGAGUUGGGGAACCAGCUGGAGGGCAAGUGGGCGGUGCUGGGGACCCUGCUGCAGGAGUACGGGCUGCUGCAGAGGCGGCUGGAGAACGUGGAGAACCUGCUGAGGAACAGGAACUUCUGGAUCCUGCGGCUGCCCCCGGGCAGCAAGGGCGAGGCCCCCAAGGUGCCCGUGACCUUUGAUGACGUGGCCGUGUAUUUCUCGGAGCAGGAGUGGGGCAAGCUGGAUGAGUGCCAGAGGGAACUGUACAAGCACGUGAUGCGGGGGAACUACGAGACGCUGGUCUCCCUGGAUUAUGCCAUCUCCAAACCGGACAUCCUCACCCGGAUGGAGAGGGGAGAGGAGCCUUGCCCCGAAGGCCCAAGGGGCCGGGAGGAGGGGAGUGACAGAGAGGAAGCUCGCCCAAGGAGGCUGGGUGCUGGCCUUCCUCCACACGCAGAGCACAUCUCCAGCCCAGUCAGCCCCGCCCAGAAGGAGCCCAAAGAAGGUCAGUCCUCCAAGCACCAGCAAGACUCAGAAACAAGAGUAACCCCACCUGGUACGAGCACCGGACCGCUAGCCAGCACUAGCAUUUUGUCCUCGGUUAAACGGGAGGAAGAAUCUUCAGAUGGGGAGUCACCCACCUCCCCUCCCAGGGACAUCCUGCCCGGCAUGGGGCCAGGUGGUGGCGGUAUGGUCAUCAAGAUGGAAGCACAAUCCGAGGACGAGAUGAUGCCCGAGCAGCUCUUCCUGGGGGGGCCCCCGAGCCAGCCAGAGUGUAGACUCCCCAAGGGGCCCAGGAGCAGGACCGGGGGUUCCGGCCGGCUUCACACGGGGGCAGUGCCCAGGGCGCGGGCAGGGGACCCUCUGCCACCGGGGGCACAGGGGACGGGGGCCGAGCCGCCCCGCAUCCUCCCCCGCCGGCGAGAGCGGGCCUUCCCCUGCCCUGACUGCGGACAGAGCUUCCGCUUGAAGAUCAACCUGACCAUUCACCAGCGGACCCACGCGGAGGAAGAGCAGCAGCGCGGGGAGGCCCGGGGCGGCUCGGCCUCCGGGGCCGGGGGACGUGCCCCCCCCGCGCUGGAGCCGGGGGAGGUGGUGGUGCCCGGCCCCGUCAUCCGCUGGCUCCCAGAGGGGCCCGAGGGCCGCCGCUGCCUCGUGGGGCGGAGGCCGGCGGCCGCCAAAGUGUACCACUGCAGCGAGUGCCUGCGCUUCUUCCAGCAGCGGAAGAGCCUGCUCCUCCACCAGCGCCUGCACACAGGCGACAGCCAGGGCUGGCCCGCCUGCCCCUACUGCGGCAAGGCCUUCCGCCGGCCCUCGGACCUCUUCCGGCACCAGCGCAUCCACACGGGCGAGCGGCCCUACCCGUGCCCCGAGUGCGGCCGCGCCUUCAACCGCAACCACCACCUGGCGGUCCACAUGCAGACGCACGCGCGCGGCCAGGGCGGCCCGCACGUUCCGGCUCCCCCCGCCCGCCUGGGCAGCCCGCCGCUGGCACAGCCCAGCCCCUCCGAGGAGGGAUGACCGGCCAGGAGCCUGCGGGGCACCCCCUGCAGGACCACCUCUCCGCCGGCGGAGCCUUUCCACUUGUGCCUGAUGCUGGUUCCUCCUUCUGGGUUGGCUUUGGAGAGAUCUUUUUUCCCUUCAUUCAGAUGGGAAGCAGGGGCCUUUUUGACGACAGGGUGGAUGCGUGCCAGGUGCCUCCGUUUCCUAAGUUUCUCACUCUGCUGCCUUUUCUGCAUUCCUGACUUACACAGGAGCCACUAAGGCUUAGGGGAUGCCAAGCUUUGGUGGGGGCCUUUGACCGGUACCAUGGACAGGCAACAGGACCAGAGGCCAUGGCCUUUCUAGUAGGGGGUGUUCGAGACACGGAGAGCCUGGGGUUUGAUUUUAUUCACAGAAGUCUUGGCCUCCUGUCAACACGAGAAACAGCAGAGUGGACAGACAGCCUGAAGAAUAGGCACUAGAAAUUUGAGUUUUCUGUUAUUUUGAAACUUUUUUUAAUGGAGAUUUUCUAAGUGCUUCUGUAAGUAUUGUGUGUGGUUGUAAAGGGGACCGAGAACUCCCGAGGGGCAGGGAUUAUUCUGCUGCCUCCUUGUGUGUGGGGGUGGCAGAGGGGCUGUCCAGACCCGCCUGGGAAUGCCUGUCGAUGGGGAUGCCUUGGCUG